UUGGUCCCUUCAGCUGAAAUUGAAAUUUUACCUCUCUCUCUCUCUCUAGAAUUUCCAAUGGCGGAUCAAUUUGCGAAAGGCAUAGAAUUCGAGAAGAAAGCAGAGAAGAAGAUCAACGGCUGGGGUUUAUCCAGUUCGAAGUACGAAGAUGCUGCUGAUUUGUACCAAAGAGCCGGCAAUUGCUUCAAACUCGACAAGUCAUGGGAUAAAGCUGGAUCAGUAUACAUCAAAUUGGCAGGUUGUCAUGUGAAGUCGGACAGCAAGCAUGAAGCUGCAAGUGCUUAUGUAGAUGCUGCGAAUUGCUACAAGAAAACGUCUCGUAAACAGGCGAUAGCAUGGUUGGACAAAGCAGUGAGUAUGUUCCUCGACAUUGGCAGAUUCCAUAUGGCAGCAAGAUAUUGUAAGGAAAUUGGUGAACUAUUUGAGGUUGAACAAAACUUUGAGCAGGCUAUAGUAUAUUUUGAACGAUCUGCUGAACUUUUCGAAAGUGAAGAAGCAACUAGCCUUGCAAAUCAGUGCAAGUUCAAAGUUGCACAGUUUUCUGCUCAACUAGCACAAUAUCCAAAGGCAAUUAAGAUUUACGAAGAGGUAGCACGGCUGUCACUCAACGUUAAUUUACUGAAGUAUGGAGUUAAAGGGCAUCUUCUUAAUGCUGGGAUUUGCCAACUCUGCAAAGGCGAUGUUGUUGCAACAACCAACGCAUUGGAGCGAUAUCAGGACUUGGAUCCAAAUUUUUCAAGAACGCGGGAAUACAAAUUUUUAGCUGACUUGGCUUCUGCUGUUGAUGAGGAAGAUGUUGCAAAAUUUACUGAAGUUAUUAAGGAGUUUGAUAGCAUGACUCCACUGGAUGCAUGGAAGACCACCCUUCUGUUGAGGGUGAAGGAAAGUCUGAAGGCGAAGGAACUGGAGGAGGAUGACCUGACUUGAAAUUUAUAUGUCGAUGUUUAGUCUGAUGAAAUAUUACUCAGUUUGGGGUUUGAAUCUAGCAAAUGCAUGGUGAUUAGCAAUAACUGUUGUUUAUUCCUCUUAUUUUUAUGCUUGUUACCGGACCAGAUGUAUAGUGAUGUGUAUUUCCACUGGUCCAUCUUGCAUGUGUGCAGAAUUAAUAUAGAACCUAGGAUUAUUUUAGGUAUAACAAUUGAUGUGAAAGAAACAUAUUGAUUCUUUUGGUUCUGAUUCAUGAAGAAGGGAGCUAUUAUUAGCUUA